AUGGCGUUUCUCGUCCUGUUAGGGACUAUAAUUGCACCAGUGUCUGAUGAGUACAUACCAAAGAAUUAUUAUGCGCUAGUGCAAGAUGUCAGGUCGAUAAAAAAGUUCAACUGGAACGCAUUCACUUUGCGGUUUUGUUUGUCGGAGAUUGGUAUGGUCUUGCAGCCCGGCCGUGUUAGGGAAUGGCCACGUGGCAACCUAGCACUUCUGCAGUAUCUAUAUUGGGAGAAGGUGCAGCCAAUGACCAGUCCGCAGUAUGAUCUGUUAGCGCUGUUGAGCCCCUUGAUGAGGAACUGGACAGAAGAGGUAGCGGAGAAAAUGGACAAGUACGACUUCCAAUAUGGUCGUGGUGUUGGGAUGAUCGAUGACACCAUUACUGAAGAGUACCGACUAAACAAAAUUAGAGUGGAACAAGCUGAAAAAAACAAGAAAUCCAGUACGAAAAAGUCUAACAUUACAGGAAGGAGAAAAGGUGUGAGUACAUCUGAGGCCUCCGCUAGCCAGGACCCUAUUAUGGAUCGGAUUAUGACUGAGCUGAAGCACAUUCGUAAGGACAUGCUUCGUUUGCCAGAGCUAUGCGCACAGAGGGUGAUAGAGAAAUUGAACAAAAGCGGUGUGUUCUACAAAGCCGGUGAUAGUGAAAAAGAAGAAGAGAAUGAGUAUGGUGAUAAUAGUGAAUCUAGAAACUAUGGUGUAGACCCUCGUAAAGAAUUUGUAUAUCAACCUGAUAUGGACAAUUUGAAAACACCAGCAAAAAAGAAUGUGCAAGAGGAUGAUGAAGUUGAUCUUAAUGAUUCUGAAGAAAAGAGACCUUAUUAUUGCACACCUGACUAUUUGGAUAGUUUCAAGGGUGAUAAACAUGAUCCUAUCGAAGUUCCUGAGGUAUCGGAUGAGAAAUCCGUUACAUCUUUAGGAACAGAUGAAAUCGCAUCACGUGGAUCAGUUUGUUCUAUUGGAGAAUAUGAGGUUAUCAAUGCUUAUUCAUCGUAUCUGUUGGGAGUUGUUGGUGACGAUCGUCAUAUAAUGCCGACCUGGCUGGUCAACUGGUUACUAGAAUUUAGACCAGACACCGAGCCAGGAAAAAAUCAGAACGAAGUUAUGGCGAAGAAGAAUGGACCCGUGAAUAGAUGCACCAAUGAGUAUUUUAAAAAAGAUAAGACUUAUAUACCUCUUAAUAAGGGAAAUACCCACUGGGUUUCGGUCGUCAUGCAUCGCCCGAAGGAAGAUUUUCAGGUUCUUGAUUCUUUGAUGGGACGCGAACUUGACAGUGAAGUUAAAGACAAAGUUGAGGAGCUGAAAAAACAACUUGGAUAUGACAUACGUGAUGCGAAUGCGAGCGGUGCUGUGAAUUAUCCGGAUGUCUCUACCUGGCCUAUUAAAACGUAUAACAUGCCACAAUAG